AUGUUUAUCGAGAAUUUCAAGGUAGAGAGUCCAAAUGUGAAGUACACAGAAACUGAGAUUCAAUCUGUGUAUAACUACGAAACCACUGAAGUCGUUCAUGAAAACCGAAAUGGCACUUAUCAAUGGGUUGUUAAACCUAAAACUGUUAAAUAUGAAUUUAAAACCGAAACUCAUGUUCCUAAAUUGGGGGUAAUGCUUGUGGGAUGGGGUGGAAACAACGGUUCUACCCUUACCGGUGGUGUUAUUGCUAAUCGAGAGGGUAUUUCAUGGGCAACGAAGGAUAAUAUUCAACAAGCCAAUUACUUUGGUUCUCUUACUCAAGCUUCUGCUAUUCGUGUUGGAUCUUUUCAAGGAGAGGAAAUUCAUGCUCCCUUCAAGAGUUUGCUUCCAAUGGUCAACCCUGAUAACAUUGUUUUUGGUGGAUGGGAUAUCAGUAACAUGAACCUUGCUGAUGCCAUGGCUAGGGCCAGGGUUUUCGACAUAGAUUUGCAAAAGCAAUUGAGGCCUUAUAUGGAAUCCAUGGUUCCACUCCCUGGUAUCUAUGACCCGGAUUUCAUUGCUGCCAAUCAAGGUGAACGUGCAAAUAAUGUUAUUAAGGGUACAAAGAGAGAACAAAUUAACCAAAUUAUCAAAGAUAUUCGGGAAUUUAAGGAAGUAAACAAAGUGGACAAGGUUGUUGUUCUCUGGACUGCCAACACAGAGAGGUACAGUAAUUUAGUUGUGGGACUCAAUGACACAACAGAGAACCUUUUUGCUGCUGUGGACAGAAAUGAGUCUGAGAUUUCUCCUUCCACCCUGUUUGGAAUUGCUUGUGUUAUGGAAAAUGUUCCUUUCAUCAAUGGAAGCCCUCAGAACACUUUUGUUCCAGGGCUUAUUGAUCUUGCCAUCAAGAACAACAGUCUGAUUGGUGGUGAUGACUUCAAAAGUGGUCAGACCAAAAUGAAAUCUGUUUUGGUUGAUUUCCUUGUAGGAGCUGGUAUCAAGCCAACAUCAAUAGUGAGUUACAAUCAUCUUGGAAACAACGAUGGUAUGAACCUCUCAGCACCACAAACCUUCCGCUCCAAGGAAAUCUCCAAGAGCAACGUUGUUGACGAUAUGGUCAACAGCAACGCUAUCCUAUAUGCGCCUGGUGAACAUCCUGACCAUGUUGUAGUCAUUAAGUAUGUGCCAUACGUCGGAGAUAGCAAGAGAGCCAUGGAUGAGUAUACUUCAGAAAUAUUCAUGGGCGGAAAGAACACUAUUGUGUUGCACAACACAUGUGAGGAUUCCCUUUUGGCGGCCCCUAUUAUCUUGGACUUGGUUCUUCUUGCUGAGCUCAGUACUAGAAUUCAGUUCAAAUCUGAAGCUGAGAACAAGUUUCACACAUUCCACCCUGUUGCUACCAUCCUCAGUUAUCUGACGAAGGCUCCUCUGGUUCCACCAGGUACACCAGUGGUGAAUGCGUUGUCCAAGCAGCGAGCGAUGCUGGAAAACAUCAUGAGAGCUUGUGUUGGAUUGGCUCCAGAAAACAACAUGAUCCUUGAGUACAAGUGA